GGCAGACUUGAGACAAGCACACAUCACUCACCGCACUGCAGGCUGACUUUGCCGUUGUUUGAUCCCCGUCACUUCGAGACCUCAGAGACAUGCACUUUGAUAAAGCGCCAAAGGAGAAGCCUUGUUGCAGCCAGCCCACAGUGAAGGAACUGUUGGAGCAAAAAAGGAAGCGAGAAACAUCCUCCUUGUCGACUUCCUGCCCCCCAAACACAACCAGCCCCGUUGGUUCAAGCAUGGUUGCUAUGUCUGCAUCAGAGCCGUUAGCCUGCACAGGUGCAUCAAGCAGCUACACGGACGUGGACUAUGAGCAAUGGGCACUCAUGCAGGAGCCCACUGUGUCUUACGACCCCAACCAACUAGAACCGAGCUUUCCAGUGGGCUACAAUGUCCCACAGAACUCAGGUUUCGGCUCCCAGCAGCAGCAACUUCAAGGGUUUGGAGGCGUUGCGUCGGAAACAUAUGAGGGCCUCAUGGCAGCUGGCGGACAGAGUGCAGUUUCCUCCUGGUCUCCUCUCGAGCCCGGUCCGGCCACUUUAGGAGCAUGGUUAGAUGACAGCACACUGGAGAAGGCCAGGAGGCUGCUGAGAGACAUGCACUACAGCAGAGUCGCGGGCCAGGAUGAGGACGGAGACACCAUCUUGCACAUCUACACUGCCAAGGGACUCAGAGAGUGGGCCUUUGCUGCUGCGGAGAAGCUGAGAGAUUUGGGGAAGCUUGAUGCCAAAGAGCACAAAGGCAAAACUGCCUUACUGGUGGCGGUGACAGCCAACCAUCCUGACAUUGUGCACGAUCUGCUGUCGUUUGGAGCAGACAUCAACGCUUGUGAUGUCAGAGGUCAAAGCGCUCUUCACCUGGCUGCCCACUAUGGGUAUCCUGGGGUACUGCAGGUCAUCCUUUCAUGCAGACCUGCAGUCCACCUUGAGGCCAGAGAUUUUGAAGGGAUGACUCCUCUGCAUUGUGCAGCCAUCUCUCACUGCGUCACCAUGAAGGCUUUAUCGGCCAGUGGGAUGGCGGAUGGUCACCUGCAGAGCAAAGCUGCAGAGCAGCUCUCCUGUGUGCAAAUGCUUCUUGAUGCGGGCGCCUCUCUACUCAGUCAGGAAAUCAAAAGCAACAAGACGGUGUUGCACUUGGCUGUGAAGGAAGGUAACGUGGACCUGCUCCACUACCUGCUGAGCAUCCGUCUGCACAACGUCAAGGACUUUGUCAACAUGAAAGCACACGGCCACACGGCUUUACACAUGGCGGCCUGUCUCCAUGGCAACCCCCAGCAGGCGCAUAUCCUGCAACUGCUGCUGAGCCGAGGAGCCGAUCCCAGCAUCCGCAACCUGGAGAACGACCUGCCCGCUCGCUUACUGCCGGGCGGCCAGCAGGGGGAGCAGCUCAAACUCUUGCUGAAGAAACGAAGCACGCCGACUCGCCGACGUUUGCCAACCUGGCAGGACCACCAGGAAUGACUUGUGGUCAUGUGACACGCAGUUCAUCUUCCAUGAAGAAGGCUAGUCACAUUCACGACACGCUAAUUCACAUUGGAUUCUAACUCAUGCGAUUUGUUUCACACAUUAUGAAGUCAACGUCAUUGGCCACAACAUUAGACACAC